AUGACCCACGUCUCUCUCCACCGCUGUCGGUUCGUCGACUUCCCACCCUCACAGAUCACAGCUCUAGCCUUCUCUCACCAAUCUACGCCUGCGUCACCGCAUCCUCCGCCCAAGAAUCUACGAUUAGCAAUUGGUCGCGCGAAUGGAUCCAUCGAGAUCUGGAAUCCCCUUUUAGGUGCCUGGGUCUAUGAGAGCACUCUUGCGGGCGGAAAAGACCGCUCAAUAGAAGACCUCACAUGGGUUCAGGAUUAUGAUUCCCAUGGAAGAGGUCUCCUCCGCCUCUUCAGCAUUGGGUAUUCCUCCGUCGUUACAGAAUGGGACCUGGUAACCGGCCGCCCGCGCACGCAUACGGACUGCAAUGGCGGCGUGAUCUGGAGUAUCGCUGCUCAGCCACGGCUUCAUUCUUCCGAUAAGGUCGACCAAGAGAACCAGGAGGCCUGUUCACAGAAGAUUGUCGUGGGCAUGCAGGAUGGGGCACUGACAAUUCUCUCGACCGCCGGUGGAAAAGGCGCGUUAAGUUACGUCAAGACACUGAUGAGGGCCGGAACUGGUAAAUCCAGGGUUUUGUCCAUGGCCUGGCAGAAUAGACAUACGGUGGCUGCUGGGAUGGCUGACUCGACAAUUAGAGUGUGGGAUAUUCGCUCCGGUCGAGUAGUUUCCAGGUUGUCGCUGAACAAGGGCCGUGGGAGGGAUGUCUUGGUCUGGGCUGUUCGAGCGCUGCCAAACGGGGAUUUGGUAUCCGCAGACUCGAGGGGGGAGGUGUGCUUUUGGGAUGGGGAUAAUUAUACGCUCAAGCAGAGAAUUAAAGGCCAUGAUGGGGAUUGUCUGACGCUGGAGGUUGGUGGGAUCAAUGGGGACACUGUUAUCUCUGGAGGUGUGGAUAUGAAGACUAUUCUCUACAAGUAUAUUGGUAAAGGGAGGAAGUGGGCUCAAGUCACUCUCCGGCGAUUUCACAAACACGAUGUGAGAGCUAUGGCGGCCUAUGAAUGUGGAAAGUUCAGUGUUAUUGCUUCAGGAGGUGUUGACAUGACGCCAAUAAUUAUACCUCUACGACAAUUCUUAGAUGAAUCUCACCUUACGAUCCCUGCAGUCCCGCAAUCACCAAUCGUCACUUCAGUCCCAGAAUCACGACUGAUAAUGAGUUGGUGGGAGCAAGAAAUCAAGAUCUGGCGAAUCCAAGAACUGGGCUAUGACGAAAACAAAGGAGACGAGUUAUACCUCUUCCCUGGCGAAGAGGAAGGACGAGGUAGAAGGCUCUUGAGCAGGAUUGUCUUGGCCAAUGACGAGUACAUUACUUCCGCAUCAAUAUCGUCACCAAUUCCUCAGAACGGCGGUCAUCUUCUCGCAGUCUCGACAAUUGCCGAAGUCAAGCUCUUCCUCUUAAGGCCUCCUAAGUCUUCUUCUGGUUCUGCGUCCCUUAGGGUUAGCAAAAUAACUAUUCCAGACUCACUACAUCUCGAAGCACCAGAGGACGAAGACGACUCCGACGACGAGAUGGAAGAAGAUGUUGACCUCGCCAACGAGGGGGCAAGACUCAUCAGGAUAUCCCCAGAUAGACAAUGGCUUUCGAUAGUCACUCCCGACUCCCGGGUUCUGAUCGCCAAACUGGCAGUAGAACCACCAGCAAGUCCUAAGUCUAAAGCCACAGUCACAUUUGAAUCCUCAGUCUUCGAACUACCCAGACAAGGUCGCCCUGAGACAGCUUUUCGAGCCCCACCUCCGCCAACCGCAGACACCCCUAGCAAACGCCAACCAAAGCGUUUAGUCCACCGUAUUGACGAAGGUGACUUAGAAGCCUACCCAAGGACCAUCAACCACCACCUCUUCUCCUCCACCAGUAACCUCCUGGCAGUCUCAGACUUGAGCGGGUACCUUGACACCUACAUCCUAACCAACUCCACCUGGAAACUCAACCCUAAAAACCCCCUCCUACCACGCCUCAACUCCUCCCUGAGCACCCUAACCUUCCGCCCUUCCUUCCCCUCCCCCACUACCUCCACCAUCACCUCCACAAGCAACCCCGAAGACCGCCUGAUCCUAAUAACCUCCAAAGAAAACCACAUCCUAGAACUCCACUUGACCACGGGCGCACUAUCAGACUGGUCCCGCCGCAACCCGCCAACCUACCUACCACUAGACUUCCGCACGCUAAAGUCGCACGCAACGGGCACGUUCUUCGAAACCAGUCAAUGGAAAGCGAAGCAGCGACUGUGGGUCUGGUCCGCAGACUGGCUCUGGAUGUUUGACCUUCUAAAGGACCUACCAGAAGUCCAACCCCGCGCCGAAGCCACCAGAGGAAAAUUGGGUUCCGGAGCGGGGCAUAAACGUGUGAUGACAGGCGGUCUCGUGGCUUCCGGACCAAUCGUUAACCCCCCGCUCCCCGCUCCCGCUAAAACCAACACCGGAGGGGCAGUGACAGACUCAGAAUGGGAAGGCGGAGGCUACGAAGAUGGCGGAGCCAGUAGAGCUAUCGUCCUUGCGAGCACGCACAAGAAGCGCAGCAAAAGUGGCGUCAAGAGCGCGUUCUGGAGCUCAAAUAGGUACAAGAGCAUGCUUGGCUUCCUGCCCGUCGGCUACCGCGAGGAGAUCCUCAUCAAGGGCGAAGGCUGGAGGGACGGUCAGGUGCUGGAGGCUAUGGAAAUGGUGAUCAUCGAGAGGCCCAUGUGGGACGUUAAGAUGCCGCCCAGGUUUUCUAAGGAUUCUGGGAAUUUGGCGAGAGUGGGGGGGGUGUAA